AUGGGAUUUCCAACAACAAUUGAACGAAGUCCUGUUGGUGAGAGCAACACGAUCAUUGGUGUCAUUGACAGUGGAAUAUGGCCAGAGUCGGAGAGCUUCAGUGAUGAAGGCCUCGGACCAAUUCCCGAAAAGUGGAAAGGGGAGUGUCGCGGUGGCACAGAUUUCACUUGCAACAGGAAGAUAAUUGGAGCUCGUUCAUAUAUCAUGGGAGAUUCGGUUAGGGACACGAAAGGGCAUGGAACUCAUGUAUCUUCUAUAGUAGCCGGGAACCAAGUGUAUGAAGCAAGCUAUUACGGUAUAGCAGAAGGAAUUGCUAGAGGGGGAGUUCCUUCUGCAAGGCUUGCUGUCUACAAAGUUUGUGACGAGGUCUCCUGUGAGGUUAGAGAUAUAAUGAAGGCCUUUGACGAUGCGAUUUCUGAUGGGGUCGAUAUUAUAUCAAUUUCAAUCGGUCAAGAUGUUCCAACCCGCAUUACCUCUGACCCGAUCGCAAUUGGUGCUUUCCAUGCGAUACAGAAAGGCAUACUAACAGUUCAAGCUGCCGGGAAUGCUGGUCCUAGGUUGUUUUCCGUAACAGGAGUUGCUCCAUGGAUCUUUUCUGUUGCUGCAAGCAAUACAGAUAGAAGAAUUAUUAAUAAACUUCUUCUAGGGGAUGGUUCAAUUCUAGAGGGUGCCUCUAUAAACGCUUUCCCUUCCAGUCAAGAAGAAGUGCCUCUUGUUUAUGGAAGACAAGUGACAAGCACGUGUUCAGAAAAUGAAGCAAGGUACUGUCUUCCACGGUGCAUAGACAAUAGUCUCGUUGAGCAAAAAGUGGUUAUGUGUGAUAAAAACAACCACGUAGAUUCACUAAAAGUAGCUGGAGCCAUUGGUUGUAUCAUCCCAAAUAACGAAAAUAAUUUCUCUGAUAUCGGACCAUUACCCAUUGGUGCUCUAAAUAAAAAUGACAUGAACUUGGUCAAAACCUACCAAAACAAUACCAAAAAACCUAAAGUUCGAAUUUCCAAAAGCGAAGCUAUUAACAAUCCAGCUUCUCCUCUUGUUGCCUCAUUUUCUUCACGAGGGCCAAGCAAAUUUAUAUAUGAUAUUAUAAAGCCUGAUGUAACGGCCCCUGGUGUGGAAAUUCUGGCGGCGUUUUCACCAAUGGCUUCACCAUCGGAUUCCUUUAUCGACAAAAGCUCUGUCAACUACACCAUCCGAUCAGGGACAUCCAUGGCUUGCCUACAUGUUGCUGCUGCUGCUGCUUUUGUUAUGUCUUUUCACCCAAAUUGGUCACCAUCAGCAGUCAAAUCUGCACUCAUGACCACGGCAUGGGAAAUGGAUCCUAUCCAGAACUUAGAUGCUGAAUUUGCAUAUGGGUCUGGACAUAUAGAUCCGCAAAAGGCUAAAGAUCCAGGGCUUGUGUAUGACAUCUCUGAAGAAGACUAUCAAAUGAUAUGGUGCAACAUAGCUCAUAGCGUAAAUGCUAGUUGUCGUGCCAAUUUUCCGCUUACACAGCUAAAUUACCCUUCAAUGGUGGCACGAGUUGAUGUGAAAUCUGCAUUUGUGUUGUCGUUUCCUAGAACGGUGACCAAUGUGGGUGAUGCUAAUUCGAAGUAUGUUGCAUCCAUACAAGGAGACUCAAAACUCAACAUCCGUGUAGAUCCCAACAUUCUACAAUUCACUUCAUUAAACCAAACAAUGUUUUUCGUGGUGACUGUUGAAGGAAAAGGCAUCAAGUCACCACUAACAAUAAAGAGUGGGUCUUUGUUAUGGACCAGUGAUAAGCACAAAGUCCGCAGUCCAGUUGUGGUGUAUACCGGGAGCGCUACAACUAGCAGUGGAGGCGUGUCAACACCAUCAACAUUUUGUAAAACCUACGUUAUUCUUUUUGUUUGCAUUAUUAUAGCCCAUUGUAUUUAG